AAUUUCUCUCCUGGCGCAAGAUUUGAUUCACGGUUUGGCCAAGUUCACAAGAUCACCUCAUAUUGGAGAUCCUGAGGGCUCCGGGAAAGUAUUAAGUCGGAAGGCUCGUGAACGCGCAUCUUAUCUGCCCUCCACGGCAUAGCGUCAGCACGCGGAGAUCUUCAGAUUGCAACCACCACCGAGAUUCUGUUCCUUCCGCAGACGGAGGUCAAAUCCCACCAUGGCGUCAGGACCAAAGCCGCCGGUCUAUCACAUCGGUCUGAGCGACGACAGUUUCCACGACCCAGCCCACACCGGUCCGCGACCGACACACCACAUCCCUAAUGGCGGGAAAUGGUCCUUAUACGCCAGCACGACGAUUCCCACCCCGCCGAAAUACGUCUACGAUGCCCUGGUGAACGUGCAGGAAUGGAAAGAUUGGAACACGUACAUCCCGCACGUGCGCAUCACCAAGCACCCGAAAGCGCACCACCGCAGCCUGAAGAUGGAGGCCGGCACCUCCAUGACCUUCACCGUCGCCAUCACGCCCGAGGAAACGCUCCAGAUGCGCGCCGCGUGCACGUACUGUGAGAAGCUGAAGACGCGAGACGACGGGCGGCUAUCGCACGCUUCGCAGAACAACAUCACGAGGAUCCGGUGGAGCAUGGAUAACGCGAACAGUAUGCUGCCAGGCUUCGUGAUGAAGACGGAGCGGGUGAACGAGAUCAUUGAGACGGAGGAUGCGAACGUCACGCGAUAUCGGACGUGGCAAGCGUUCGGCGGCUUGCAGGCGAAGAGCUACCAGAAGAAGUAUGGGGAGCCGCUGAAGGGGAAGUUCGUGGAUUGGUGUGAGGAUCUGAAGAAGAGGGCGGUGGAGAAUUAUGAGAAGGAUAAGAAGGAGGGAAAGGCUUGAGGUGUCGAAACAUGAACGGAGACUUGGAUUCGGGCGCAGGUCGUCGGAAUCUUGCGUGGGAGUUUUACUGUCGAAUGGCAUCUUCGAAAUGACCAGGCAGUCUUUGGAAAAGGAGCGCCCACACAUGCGCCACGAUUGGUGGCAUCUGGCAUGAGAUUACAAAUCGAGAUUUAACAAGGCACUUAGCAACGCAGCACCGCGUGAGCACCUGUAAUGUAAUUGGGGAAUGGAAUAAUGCAGCUCGAAUGUCGGUAUUGACAGAUAUCUCAUGGGCCAAACCAGUGGCCG